GCGGCCGUGCUGCUCGCCCUCGCGUGGCGGUGCACUGCUGGCCAGCGCGGCGCUCCAGAGGAGGCGGCGUCCCCGGCGCUGCGGGACGCGUGCUCGCGCGGUGGGGACGCCCGCGUGUGGAGGUCCGCCGGGAGAGAUACUUUCCUCGACGAUGUCGAUAUCUGCGGCAACAGGUGUCUCGGCCGCGAGCGCUGCGUGGCGCGCUGCGUGGCGGAGCGCCGCGGCUACGGCGGGGACUGCGCAGCCUGCUUCGGGCGGAUGGUGGGCUGCACUGCUGCAAGGUGUUGGCUGCCCUGCAGCCGCGGCGGGGACCGCAAUCCUGCCUGCAGGACGUGCAACGAGGCGAAGUGCCUCCCGGCCUUCGAAGCCUGCAGCGGCCUGCGCGACAUACCCGGCUGGACCGAAAGUGCGCGAGAACACGCUCGACAGGUGAGAUGAAGCAGCUGCCACUCUGUGCUUGA